CUCCCUCCUUACCUCCCCGCCCCCUCCCAGUUUCGCGUCUCCUAGGCCGACGCGCCCGCUAUAAUCACGUGAUUGCCUCAUCCGGGUCCUUUGCGUUCUCUCUCCCUCUCCCAACAUGGCGGCCUCAGCAAAAAAGAAGAAUAAGAAGGGGAAGACUAUCUCCCUAACAGAUUUCCUGGCUGAGGAUGGGGGGACUGGUGGAGGAAGCACCUAUGUCCCCAAACCAGUCAGCUGGGCUGAUGAAACAGAUGACCUGGAAGGAGAUGUUUCAACCACUUGGCACAGUAACGACGAUGACGUGUAUAGGGCACCUCCAAUUGACCGUUCUAUCCUGCCCACUGCUCCACGGGCUGCUCGGGAACCCAAUAUCGACCGGAGCCGUCUUCCCAAAUCACCACCCUACACUGCUUUUCUAGGGAAUCUGCCCUACGAUGUGACAGAAGACUCCAUCAAGGAAUUCUUUAGAGGAUUAAAUAUCAGUGCAGUGCGCUUACCACGUGAACCCAGCAACCCAGAGAGAUUAAAAGGUUUUGGUUACGCUGAGUUUGAGGACCUGGAUUCCCUGCUCAGCGCCUUGAGCCUCAAUGAAGAGUCUCUAGGUAACAGGAGAAUUCGAGUGGAUGUUGCUGAUCAAGCACAGGAUAAAGACAGGGAUGAUCGUUCUUUUGGCCGAGAUAGAAAUCGGGAUUCUGACAAAACAGAUACAGACUGGAGGGCCCGUCCAACCACAGACAGCUUUGAUGACUACCCCCCUAGAAGAGGUGAUGAUAGCUUUGGAGACAAGUACCGUGAUCGUUACGAUUCAGACCGGUAUCGUGACGGCUAUCGUGAUGGCUAUCGUGACGGCCCACGCCGGGAUAUGGAUCGCUAUGGGGGCCGGGAUCGAUAUGAUGACCGGGGCAGCAGAGACUAUGAUAGAGGCUAUGACUCCAGGAUAGGCAGUGGCAGAAGAGCGUUUGGUAGUGGGUACCGAAGGGAUGAUGACUACAGAGGAGGUGGGGACCGCUAUGAAGACCGAUACGACAGAAGGGACGAUCGGUCGUGGGGCUCCAGAGAUGAUUACUCUCGGGAUGAUUAUAGGCGUGAUGAUAGAGGUCCCCCCCAAAGACCCAAACUGAAUCUAAAGCCUCGGAGUGCUCCUAAGGAAGAUGAUUCCUCUGCUAGCACCUCCCAGUCCAGUCGAGCGGCAUCCAUCUUUGGAGGGGCAAAGCCUGUUGACACAGCUGCUAGAGAACGAGAAGUAGAAGAGCGGCUACAGAAGGAACAGGAGAAAUUACAGCGUCAGCUGGAUGAGCCAAAACUAGAACGACGGCCUCGAGAGAGACACCCAAGCUGGCGUAGUGAAGAAACUCAGGAGCGGGAACGGUCAAGGACAGGAAGUGAGUCAUCGCAGACUGGGACCUCAGCCACAUCUGGCAGAAGUAAGUCAGACCAGGAUGCACGAAGGAGAGAGAGUGAAAAGUCUCUGGAAAAUGAAAUAUUCAGUAAGGAGGAAGAUUGUCACUCUCCAACUUCUAAGCCUCCCAAACCUGAUCAACCUCUAAAGGUAAUGCCAGCCCCUCCACCAAAGGAGAAUGCUUGGGUGAAGCGAAGCUCUAAUCCUCCUGCUCGAUCUCAGAGCUCAGACACAGAGCAGCAAUCCCCUACAAGUGUUGGGGGGAAAGUAGCUGCAGCUCAACCAUCUGAAGAAGGACCAUCAAGGAAAGCAGAUGAAAAUAAAGUAGAUGGGUUAAGUGUCCCAAAAGGCCAAAGUGGGAACUCCAGCCGUGGUCCAGGAGAUGGAGGGAACAGAGACCACUGGAAGGAGUCUGAUAGGAAAGAUGGCAAAAAGGAUCAAGACUCUAGAUCUGCACCUGAGCCAAAGAAACCUGAAGAAAAUCCAGCCUCUGUACGUGUUAAAGGCUUCAAUUUCUCUCAGAAAUUCAGUUCUGCAAGCAAGUAUGCUGCUCUCUCAGUUGAUGGUGAAGAUGAAAACGAGGGAGAAGAUUACGCCGAAUAGACCUCUAUGUCCUGUGCUUUCUCCUAGUCUCUCUCCACCCUGGAACAUUCAAGAGCAAAUCAAACCUCUGUCCAGACACGACAAAAUAAAACUCACCAUCUCCUGGAGACCUUUCUUAACUUUUUUUUUUUUUUUUUAAUGAAAUUCUUUUGCAUGCUGCUGCAGCCUUUAAAGUAUUGAACUAACUGGAGAAUCACCAAUGUCGCCAGAGAGAAAAAGACGCAGCUUCCAGAGGAAAAGCUGUGCAUUUUAUGACACCAUGCAGUUGUCUGUGUGAUUAGUGUCUAGAGGCCUCCAUUUAGCAGAAGUGGUAAUGACAGUGAUUCAGUGUCUGGAAGCUGGCUGGGCAGUACCCAAACCCAGUGCCGUGGUAGGGCAGGUAUAAGGGAGAGCGCGAGAGUUCUACCUUUUAAUUCUUAUUAUUCUAUUGUGGCAUAUAUGAAUUCUGAAACAUUAUCUCAAUAAAUUGUCCAUCCUUGGAAGGUAGGUUAAAUAGUCUCUGAGGUUGUUUUAGUCUCUGGGAGGCUGCUAGUCCCUGGGGCCAGCCUAGGGGGAAUUCUUCCAUUUUUACCCCCCAGGGGGGUAGUAGGGAGUGAGUCUACAGGCCUUUGUGAAAGAAUAGGACUGCUUGGUGACCAAAAAUAUGGGAAAAUCAAGAAGCUUUGGCAAGUAUUUCUUUUGCACCAGGUAAUAGGGAAAUGGUAUGACCUCCGAUAAAUACAUGAAUGGUUUUUUUUCCUGGAGAGUAGGAAGCACUUAGGUGUUGUGGGAAUUCCUGGGUCAUAUGUGUCCUGGUUUUGCCCUUUCUAAACACUCUUUUCUGAAACUUCAAGUAUAUCCACGUUCUGUCAGCCUUGAAGCUUAUAAAGGUCUAGACUUGUCAUUAUCUUAGUGUUCCUUACACUGUUCUUUAUUGUUACAUCCCAGAAAAUCAGCUUCUAUGUAAGUCACAUACCUGAUUUUAGGCAUUUUGUAUCUCAGCCUCUGGAAGCUGUCAGAUGAGGAAUCACAGUUUUUCUCAAGCGAAUGGGCUCCUUGAUGUCUUUAUUCUCUCACUCCUUCUCAUCAGCCGGGCCUGCUCCUGUUACUUUGACCCCUUUUACAGAUCAGAAAACUCAGAAUUAAUGGUCUUUGGUGGUGAAUGAGAGUAGAUAAAUAGGGACAGUUAAAUUGAGAGCCUUAACAACCUUGAUUUUUUUUUUUUUUUAACACAUUUCCUUCUCUCCACUGAUAAUCCCACACGAGUGUUUUAUAAUGUGGCCUAGACACGUGUGUGUGUGUGUGCGUGUGCAUGUAUGCCUGCGUGUUUAGCUUCACUUGAGAGAAUAAAUGAUGACAGAACUGUUUAACAAGGUCCUGGUUUCUCUUACAACACAGUAGCUUAACUUGCCUGCUUUUAUAUGCGCCUUUGUACGGGUCACCUUGGUAGAUGGUGUCCUUCGAGUGGUACCUGCAGAGAAAUGACACCUUGGUCUCUUGUUUGCAAGCCCUUCUGCCAUCGGGCCCUAGGUUGGCCACGCAGGGGUGUUGGUUGGUUCGCCGUGGCAGUAAGCAUAAUGAAUCAUCUACCCAGUGGGCAGGAAAGCUCUACCAAGUAAAUUAACUUUAAGUAAUGAGCAUGGAUUGGUCAGAAACUAGGAAAUGGGCUUUUAGAGAGAGAGACACAAGGUUGAAAUUUUUUAUUUUUAAAACCAUUUGCUGUAGAUAAUGAGAAGUAGGGUUUACCCUCUUCAUGCCUACUCUCCUUCCAAAUAGUUGUGUCCAAAAGAGCUGUUCUUUCCCGUUCCCUUGCUCUGCCCUCCUGUUAAAGCAGAAACUGAUUGAUUUAUGUCCAGCUCCUGAAUACAUGUAAAAUUUGUACAAAAAUAUCUUCUAUGAAAAUGAUUUGUAAUCUGUAGACUUAAUACCUGGGAGAUGUAAAAUCCCCAUCCUUUGGGUUGUGGGUUUUUUUGUUUUCUCCAAAUAAAUCUGAUCUUUAAAGUUCAUUUUAAUGCAGAAA